AUGGCACUAGCAAAUUUCUUUUCUCAGGUUUAUAUGCAAGUUACCAUGAUAAUUUCAAGAUUGAGGGAUCUUAAUGCCAUCCUUAAUGAUUCUGAAAAACAAGGUGGGCGAAGGAAAUCAAGAGUUCAAAUGGAUGAGUUUCGUAUGAUGCUUGCCAAUAUGGUUUAUUUGAUGUUUAAGCCUGCUAGUUAUGGUGGGCGAAGGAAAUCAAGAGUUCAAAUGGAUGAGUUUCGUAUGAUGCUUGCCAAUAAUGGUUGGGUCAAACUUAGUUCUUGGCAAAAGGAUUGUUUGGCUACCUCUCGUGGUAGAAUUCAAGUUCUUCGGAAUAAAAUUAAUUCUUCUUUCAGUCGUCAUACUUCGGAGGCAGAAUUGCAGAAUCUCAAAAGAGAUAAAGAGGAAUUGAAUAUUCUUCUUAAUAAGGAGGAGGUGUAUUGGAUGCAAAGGUCUCGAGUUCAAUGGUUGGCUAAUGGAGAUCGAAAUACUUCAUAUUUACAUGCUCGUGCUAAUGGUCGUCAUAAGAAAAAUUAUAUUCGGGGCUUAAUGGAUAAAAAUGGCAUCUGGAAGGAAGUGCUCUCUGAUGAUUCUGUUAUUGAUGCUAUUGAUACGGUCAUUACUGAUGAAAUGAAUGGUGCGCUUUGUGCGGAUUUUACUACUGAUGAAAUUAUUGCAGCUUUUCGUGAUAUUCAUCCGUUGAAGGCACCUGGCAUUGAUGGUAUUCUGACGAGUUUCUAUCGAUUGCAUUGGGAUAUUGUUGGGGCAGAUGUGAUUAAGGGUGCUGCUAUUAAAUUGGAUAUGGAGAAAGCGUACGAUAGAGUGGAAUGGUCUUUUCUGAUAAAGGUUAUGUUAAAGCUAGGUUUUUGUAUUGAUUGGGGGUUAUCCGCUCUAUUUAACCGUUUGCAGGCUCAAAGGAAGAUUCAUGGAAUGGGGGCAAGUCGGAAUGGGCCUAAGAACUCUUUACAUGAGGCUUCUAUUAUUCGCGAUGCUCUUGGUGCUUAUGAAGCUGCUUCUGGUCAAAAGGUGAAUCUUGAGAAAUCGACAUUAUAUUUUAGUCCAAGUACGAGACAAGAAUGUCGUGAUCAAAUUUCGAGUAUCUUGGGUAUUGGUGAAGUGCCUGAUUUGGGACACUACCUUGGUAUGCCUCUUCACAUUGGAAAGAAUAAGAGAAAUACAUUUGGUUAUUUGAAAGAAAAGGAUUUGGUGAGUAAUAGGCAUUACUGGUGGUCAGGUGAUGCUAAUAGGCGUGGUUGGCCAAUGGUUGCUUGGAAAACAAUGUGCAAACCCAAAAGAGAAGGUGGGAUGGGAUUUUGGGACUUACAUAGUUUCAAUUUGGCUUUAUUAGGCAAACAAUUAUGGCGCUUUAUCAAGGAUCCAGAGCGUUUGGUGGCUCGAGUAUUUCGUUCUAAAUAUUUUUCCCAUGGUGAUAUGCUGCUGCAUGCUACUUUAAAGGAUAGAAGUCCUUAUGCUUGGAAAGGUUUAUACCAUACAUUACAAGAGAUGUGUGGGGCUCUUUUUUGGUGUAUUGGUAUACGAAGUAAUAAACGGGUUCACCAUGAUAUCUGGGGUGGUUCAAAAGUUGUUUCUCUUACAAGGAGUUAUUCUAACUCUGAUCUUAAUCCUCUUUAUUGUUCUGAUCUUAUGAUUGAUGGCUCUAAUGUUUGGAAUGAAUCUUUGAUUUAUAGGUUGUUUUCUAAGGAAGAUGCUAUGCAGAUUCUUUCAGUUCCUAUUGCACCUUGUGCUGAAGAUGUUAUUGUUUGGGCUAAUCAUGAUUCGGGUAUCUACUCAGUUAUAUCUGGUUAUUGGUGGUUACAGAAACGACAUCAUGAUAAUGAGAGGAAGUCUAAAUUGUGGUCAGUUAUGGUUGCAACCGGCGUGGCUCUUGGUGACUAA